AUGAUUGUAUGUGAUCUAACAUCUAUCCUAAAUCCACCCAUUUCAGCUACUGGCGGCUAUGCUGACGACGUCUUUCUAGCAGCUGAAGAUGAAGAUGACCUCCAGCGCCUUGCAUACGAAUUCACAAAAGCUGCAGAAGAGCUGAAUAUGAUUAUCUCAUGCGAGAAAUCCAAGACCAUGGUUUUCGCCAAAGAGCCUAUCCGAUGCAAGAUAGUAAUUAACGGAAAAAUCCUGGAGCAAGUGUCAAGAUUUAUCUACCUAGGAGUGACAGUAUCCAGUGAACGAUGCAUCGUAGAAGAAGUCCGAACACAGGCGCACAAAGCAGCUAAGAUAGGAGGCAGCCUCAGAGAUAUAGUCUGGAACAACAAAACCAUGAGUCACAAAGCGAAAACUCGCAUAUACAAAGCGUGUGUGAGACCAGUGCUCACAUACGCCGCCGAAACGAGGGCAGAAACGUCGACAACGAAGAGAAUGGCGAGAACAACCGAAAUGAGGAUACUAAGAUCAAUCAAAGGGAUAACACUCAGAGACCAUGUGAGGAGUUCAGACAUAAGGGAAGAACUGGAGGUGCAGGAUGUCGUCAGAUGGGUGAGAGCACGCAGGAGGUUCUGGAGAGACCACGUGGAGAGGAUGCCGGAUGAGAGACUAGCCAAAUGGGCGGAAACACAAAAACCCAGUACACGCAGACCAUUAGGGCGCCCUCCAAAGCGUUGGAAAGAGAGCUGGAACUCGUUGUCCCAGGAAACACAAUAA